CUCGACGCGGUUUCCAUGCUUGCAGUGAUUCGGUGAUGGUAUAAGAAAGAAAGAAAUGCAGAUGCCGGGCACAGCAAGGCAUGACCGUGAGAUGGCAAUCCAGGCCAAAAGAAACCUGACUAAAACCACAGACCCAGUAGAAAGACUUCGCCUGCAGUGUUUAGCAAGGGGGUCUGCAGGCAUUAAAGGACUUGGCAGAGUGUUUCGGAUUAUGGAUGAUGACAACAGCAGGACCCUUGAUUUCAAAGAAUUUGUGAAAGGAUUAAAUGAUUAUGCUAUGAUGAUAGACAAGGAAGAAGCACAAGAGAUUUUCCGGAUAUUUGAUAAAGAUGGCAGUGGAACAAUUGACUUUGACGAGUUUCUUGUUACACUAAGACCUCCCAUGUCGAAUGCCAGAAAAGAGAUAAUCAUGCAGGCAUUUAGGAAGUUAGAUAAAACUGGAGAUGGUAUCAUAACAAUUGAAGACUUACGGGGGGUUUAUAAUGCAAAGCAUCAUCCUAAAUACCAGAAUGGAGACUGGACAGAAGAUCAAGUGUUUAGGGCCUUUCUAGAUAAUUUUGAUUCACCCUAUGACAAGGAUGGGAAGGUUACAAAAGAUGAGUUUUUGAAUUACUACGCUGGAGUUAGUGCCUCUGUGGAUAGUGAUGCCUACUUCAUUUUAAUGAUGAAGAAAUCCUGGAAACUCUGACUUUUGUUUUUGUUUGCCUUGAUCUCUUUGGAAUCGGAGACUAUAAAGAUAUGAAAUACUAUUAACCUCAGCAUGGGUUUGAUUUUUUUCAAGUUCCUGCCUGAGAUACGUUUUCAGAGCCAAGUGGUUUAAUGACACCAGCAAAGUGUUCCAGUGCUGGACACUUGCAUGUGGCUUAACGUGUUCAACAGGUGGCGCAUAAAAGCCAAGAAAUCGCCGGCCUUAGUGAGAUUCAGAGUUGCUGAGUGAGCAGAGGGAUGUGACAGCCUAUAUAAACUAGCAAUUGUGUUUCCACCAUCAUUAGUUGCUUUCUUGUGUGUCUGUACAUUAGAUUUGUUUUGCCAGUGGUCUGAUUUAUAUAGUGCUUAUUUGGGGUGCUUUGUGAUCACAGUAAUAAAGGGACUAUUUGACCCUAAAAUAAUUCUUAACAGUUCAAGUCUCUGUUAGGUUACAUUCCAGCUAAUUUUAAAAGAGAGCUUUAGAAACCCACAACCAAAAUGAUACGUAUCACAAGCCAAGAGCAUAUUCACUAAAGACCUACCCUUAUUCAGCCCAGGAUGGCAAUAUUACUGUAUAAAUACAGACCUUCAAGUCAAUAAACACGUUGGCAAGAAGCCUAGAAGGAGUUAAACUUCUACCCUGUACAAAUACCUUGCCAGCACUGGCAGAUCCCUCAGUGCCAGAAAGGAUGGUUUUGAGGUCAGCUUCUGCCUAUCUAAACCAGCCCUGCUGGCGAAAGGACCUGUCCUGUCCAUUGCACCGAAUGCAGCCCCGUGCUCCUGCUGUGGGGUGGCUGGGCUGCCCCAAGGUGAGCUGAGUUAGCAAAACCGAGAUCCUAUGCCGUUAUCGGUGAGCUCUGAGAGCUGUGAUCUGCAUCACUUUUUGGCCACGGGCUCACUAGCGUCAGCCCGAGGGAGAGGGUGAGGCCUCGCAUCUCCGGGCAGUCGAAUGCACUGGCGUUUCCCCUGUGGGCAGAAGAGCCGUCUCAGAGCUACCUCGGUUGUGUCAAACCACACCAUGAGGAAAUUUGGCCUUUCGUAUCUUGCUGAAAACUGAGGGUGUCUUUGACUCACCAUUUAUUUUAUGACCCAGACUUCACGCCACAUUGCAGCCAUUUAAACUUUUCUUUCCCUUGAGCAGAAAUGGUUCCUGUAUCUGAUCACGCUUAGCCAGCCUUUUGCCACCCUACUGAUAUAGGCAAAAAUGUAUUUUGUCAGCCUUUCUAAAUGAACAUGUGCACGAGAAAGAGAUUUGGUAAACAAACUAAUAAUAUCAGCAGGGGGCAAAUACCACCUUGGGAAGUCAUUAAUAUUUUUCAGCAUCAUUAAAAUUAGGCUGUGACUCAGUAUUACAACUGAGGAAUGACUUUUUAAUUCAUGGAUUAGUAUUUGUAUGCUCUUAGGGGCUGUUUACAUAAGACAAAUGACUUGCAAAUAGAGGAGGACAGGAAUGAACAAGGGAGAAGGACUGGUGUAUCAUUAGCACGAAAACCGCAGCAGGAGUCUGACAGGUACUUACCAACAGAGCAGGCAGCUGCCAAACAGAGGUGUCACAAAUCAGCUACAUGCAAAUCAGGGUAACCAAGCUCUUUUUCAAGCGUAAACUAACGUAUAUAGCUGAGUGCAUAGCACAGGCGGUGAAAAGUGUGAAUUAGGAAGGUUAUACUAAAGAAAAUAAAGUGCAUCUAGUACACGAAAGCUGAGCUAGACCAGGAUGCAGAUACUGAGUCAGACUGAAGUCUGUAAAGUGCAGCGGGGGAAAUUCUAUCUUGUAGGUUAAGGAAACUGCUCAGAUGGUGUGACCAAGUGCAGUGCUAUCAAGACAUAGACAUGGCUGUAUCUUUACAUAGAUAUUAUGCACCGAAAUUUGGUUUUGGCCCAGAAAAGCUUGUUUUGGUGCAUAUUUGGAUGUUUAUUUUUUAAAGGGAAACUGAAAGCUGUUCAUUAAGCAGUUUUGUAUCUAUGUAUGCCCAUCAAAUAUGUUUUGUAUGUAAGAUCAUAUAUGAAGUUCAGGAAUGGUGAAAUUGGGACCACUGAAAUAUCAUUACCUCAGUCCCUGAAAAAUAGUCAGUGACCAAUUUUACAAAAGACGUAGCUCCCAUAGCUCAGGUCAGACUCUCAAAGCAAAAGGAGACAUGCUAGUCUUUACAUACUUCAGAAAAAAAUCUAAUCCCCAGGCAGAAUUAUUUUGGUAGGAACUUAGCACUUGUAAAACUUUAGCCUGACAGGACUUGGCUGAAACCACUGUAAGGACCAGAUUGUUGGCAUUGACCUGGUAGCAGCUGGAUGUGAUUCAGUUAACCGUUUUCGUGACAGUUUCUGAGAGCUAGGCUCGUUUUGGAAUUUUAUUGCUAACCUUUAGCCCGCCUCAUUUUGUCUAUGCUGGUCACUGUUCUCCUGAAAAUACACUCUUCUAGAUAGACUUUAUAAUAUGCUCAGAUGCAUUCGUGGGAGAAAGUAACCCCCAUUAUCUGGCAUGAAUUAGCUUACACCAUUCAUUAAGAAAAGCUACAGUGGAGUGAACAUAUUGAACAAGAAGCUUCUUCGUUUUCUAUUAUUAGUUGCAUAUUUGUCAGCAUUCAGUAGUGUAUUAAUGAAGGACUAUUUCUGAGGACAUAACCUGUAUGUGAAUUUGCUUUAAUGUAUGCAUAUUUAUGCUCUUGCAAGCCUGAGGGCUUAUGGCCUUGGCUGGUUCUCCUGGUGUGGAUUCAUCUCUGCACGUGGAGGCCUGCUCAAUGUUUCCAGCUCACCUGCGCAAGUAUUAGCCAUUUACAGGAAAGAGGCCGCAACUGCAAACCACCACGUUCACUUGCCCAAGUUCCAGAGUUCAGUUAUCACUCGAUUACCUAGGUAAUGAGGGGUAGAUUGGGAAGGGGAGUUAGGACAAACAGUGCAAAACAUAGUAAAUGAGGCUAUAGAGAGGCUUCCGUGGUGAAAAGCAAGGUCAGAGAUCCAGUUUUCUCUGGCAACUGUAUGUGGCCCAGUGCUGCGACUGCUGAGCCCACCCGGCCCCAUGCCAUCUUCCAGCCCCAGGGCCCCCCGCGCUGGCCACAGCGCUGCAGACGCAGGCAGGGAUGGUUUUAUGCUGGCCGACUGUCAGUGAGACAGAAGUGGGAAGAAGUGGAAAUCUAGCUGUGCUUCGGCUCUCAGGGUGGUGGUGAUGAAGGGGGAGAGAGAAAAAUAAUCCAAGACCUGGGCACAGCUUGGGGGUGCUUGUGAAGCCCCUUCUCAGCCAGGGUACAGCAGUUUGACUGCAAUAUGUCACAGCCUUGCCACCCCCCAAAGCAGCCGAACUUGUGUCCUUUGUACAAUCUCCCUGCAGGCACAUCACGGCCUCGUGCCACCUAGCUAAAGCCCACAGCAUUAUCCUAAUUUCAGUGGCAGCAGAGUAAGGCUAUCCUGACACAUAAGCACAAUAAGGCUGAAUCAGAGUGCAAUAAAUAUGUGGUGCAAAUAGCCAGUCCUUUUAAUACGGUAAAAAUGUUAUAAAACCAAGGAUACAUGUUAUCUAAUUAAAUAAGACAUAGGAAAUAGAAUGAAUGUUUAAACCUCAGCAGCUAUGCAAAAAUAUGACUACUACAUAGGAAAAAUAUGGCUAUUUCAGAGUAAUUAAAGUAAAUAAACAUCACGUUUAUAAUAUUCUUCUCGUAUUAUAGAACAACAUACCUUUCUGGACAAACAGAAGGACCAUUACUUACAGGUAUCUUACUGUUUAAAUAGUGCAAAUAGAUGUUUAUGAAGUCCCUUUUAAUCUUGUAAAGUGUAUAUAUGAGUUCCAAAUAAGCAUAGUACAUACUGUACAGGGGUUUUCUGAUGGACUUUCGCUUCUUUCUCUAUUUCCUUCUUAUCUGUCAUUGAGUUACCAGAACAGAGUAUAUUUCCAACACAAUCUGUCUGCAUCUACAAUUGCACUGUGCAAGUCUUCAUAGUACAAGCAUUAUUAGCAGCUAUUUUUAAAUGAAAAUUUUUAAAUGAAAUACAAGCAUUAUAAAGCAUUACAAAGCAAAUGAAUGUCCAGGGCUUUCAUCUUUUCCUGUUGUGUUAAUCAAUGCGCUAUUCUGUGAGAAACAGCAAUAAAAACAAUUCUGCAAAAUAUCACUGGACUACCUCGAGCCAAAUCCUUGAGUCUUUUGCACACAGAGACCAUAAAGUUGGCCCUGGUUGAAUGUUCCCAUAACAUCGAGUAGAGCUGGAGAAGGUAAAGUACCAUCUUGAGAGUGCUGUUUUCCUGCAGCAAUCAAUGACUUCUUAGUGGUUAUUGCCAGUCAGAACAAGUUAGAGCAGCUCCGAGGAUGAGAGGUCUCUUUUUACCCUGUAUGACCCUGGGAAUGUGAAUAUGUUUUGAUAAAGGAGAAUUUAAAGCAGCUAGAGGGACUAAUAGGUCACAGGGAGAUGAACCCCAAUCCCAGAACAUACCAAAGCAGCUUGGAUUUCCCAUGGCCACACUCCUUUUGGUUGUCAUGCAACCCUGUGGCUAUAGCAGCUUUAUCUCCAAGUGUGUGCUUCACAAUGCGUAGCAUCCCAGAAGGACUGUGAAGUGACACAGCCUUCUGUGUGGCAGCAUGUGGGGAAGCCCCAUGGAGCUGGGUACAGAGCCCAGAAAAGGGGGAUGGGAAGGACCUUGACUUCAGCAAGGCUUUUGAUACUGUCUCCCAUCACAUCCUCAUAGGGAAACUCAGGAAGUGUGGGUUAGAUGAGUGGACAGCGAGGUGGAUUGCGACCUGGCUGAAUGGCAGGGUUCAGAGGGUUGUGGUCAGUGGCAUAGAGUCUAGUUGGAGGCCUAUAUCUAGCGGUGUCCCCCAGGGGUCAAGACUG